UCUCUUUUGUACACAAAACCGAGAAACAACAAAAAGAAAAAAAUGUUGUCUUCAAGCUCUGCCAUACUUUCUCUGCUUAUACUACUUCUAUCAGCUUCAUGUAUUGCUUCAGAUUCAAUUCAAGACAGUUUCUACAGAUGUCUCACCCUCAACUCUCAGCUAUCUUUCCCACUCUCCAAUGUAUUCUACACCCCAAACAAUGCAUCAUUCACUCCCUUCCUACAAUCUUCUGCCCAAAACUUAAGGUGCUUGGUGCCUUCUGUCCCAAAGCCUGAACUGAUCUUCACCCCAAUGCUUGAAUCUCAUGUCCAAGCAGCUGUGAUUUGCUCAAAAGAGGUCGGUGUUCAGCUCAGAGUCCGGAGCGGAGGCCAUGACUAUGAAGGCAUCUCAUAUAUAUCAGAAGUGGAAACACCAUUCGUGGUGGUUGACAUGUCUAAGCUUCGAUCCAUCAUGGUCAAUAUUGAGGACAACAGUGCAUGGGCUCAGACCGGAGCAACCAUUGGCGAAGUUUACUAUAGAAUUGCCGAGAAAAGUAAGGUCCAUGGCUUCCCAGCUGGACUCUGCACCAGCUUAGGUGUUGGUGGACACAUUACAGGAGGCGCAUACGGUGCCAUGAUGAGAAAAUAUGGCCUUGGAGCUGACAAUGUCAUUGAUGCACGAAUGGUUGAUGCUACUGGGAAAAUACUUGACAGAACAUCCAUGGGAGAAGAUUUGUUUUGGGCCAUCAGAGGGGGUGGAGGAGCUAGCUUUGGUAUCAUCCUUUCAUGGAAGAUAAAGUUAGUUCCUGUUCCGGAAACUGUGACAGUUUUUACAGUUACUAAGACCUUGGAAGAAGGCGGAACAAAGAUCCUCUACAAAUGGCAGCAAGUUGCAGACAAGCUCGAUGAAGAUCUCUUCAUUAGAGUCAUCAUACAACCGGCAAGUACCGGUAAGAAAGCUGAUCAGAGGACUAUAAGCACUUCCUACAAUGCAAUGUUUCUUGGUAAAACUGAUAGACUCCUAAAUAUAAUGAAUAAGAACUUCCCGGAAUUGGGGUUGCAGCGAAAGGACUGCAGCGAAAUGAGCUGGCUUAAAUCGGUGCUAUACAUCGCCGGCUAUCCAAGUACUGUACCCCCUGAAGUUCUACUCCAAGGGAAGUCAACAUUCAAGAACUAUUUCAAGGCCAAAUCAGACUUUGUGAGAGAACCAAUUCCUGAAGAUGGCCUAGAAGGGCUCUGGAAAAGGCUCUUGGAAGAGGAAAGUCCAUUGGUGAUAUGGAAUCCAUAUGGUGGAAUGAUGGGAAAUAUUUCAGAGUCUGAAAUUCCUUUCCCUCAUAGAAAAGGUGUCAUAUAUAAAAUACAGUACCUAACACUCUGGAACGACGCAGACAGUGACACGGCGGCAAAGCACGUGGAUUGGAUUAGGAAGCUUUACAAUUACAUGGCUGCUUAUGUUUCUUUGUUCCCGAGAGAAGCAUAUGUCAAUUAUAGAGAUCUUGAUUUGGGGAUGAACAAGAAAGGUAACACAAGUUUCAUUCAGGCAAGUGCUUGGGGUAACAAGUACUACAAGAACAACUUCAACCGAUUGGUAAGAGUGAAGACCAAGGUUGAUCCAGAUAACUUCUUCUGGCAUGAACAGAGCAUCCCAACUCUUCCAUCAAUGACCAAGAGAAGAGGGAGGAAAGGAUAGAUAAUCUAGAGAUGGAAUAUAUAUAUAAAGCACUAUCUGCAGUUGAAGCACUUCUCUUUGUACAAGAUAGUUUUGGCUUUUAUUAAUAGGAAUAAGAGUGAUGUAGGAUGGGAAGUAUCUCCCUCAGUUAAUGGUAUGUACUCAUGAGAGCUGUGUGUAGAUCAAGAUAAGAAGUGUUAUUGUUUGUGGUUUAUUAUACAUAUAUGGCUAUAUACAUUCCAUUAAA